AUGAAGAGAAGAAGAAAAAACCCACUCUCUCGGGCUCGCACAGGCGCCUUGCUUUCACUGUAACCGGUAGUCGUUAAAGUGCGUUCCGGACCAACCUCAUGAUGGAGACGGAUAGUUGUUUGUCUUUCUCUUCGCAGCCAAACCGGACACCAACAGAGAACUCACCUGGUUUGGAGCAGCAUAGUUCCUCGGGUUCGUUUCUUCCCUGCGACGAAUUUCAGAAAAACGCACACCUUCCUCUCGCGCACCGUCUGAGUCUCCGGGGUCAGGGUGACUUCUACAGCUCGAGCUCCAUGGGACGGUUUAAUGACGGCGCACCCGCGGACUUUACGCACGGGGCAGCUCCCACGAACCCUCGCGCCUCGCCCAACAAACAUAGCAAAUAUAUGGAAAAUAUUAAUCAGGAUCAAAAUGGUUUAUCAAUAAGCGGGAAGGGCUCGUUUUAUGAAAACAACUCCGAGGCCAGAGAGAAGGUGGGUCCCAAGCCCAUGGGCUACCCAGUGAUUGGCUCAGACUGCUGCAUCAAGCUGAAGGAGCCAACCAAUGGUCUCCAAACAGGGGACUCAAUCGCAGACUCCAUCGACCUAUCAGGCAAGAACAAGAAGCGUCGUAACCGCACCACGUUCAGUACCUUCCAGUUGGAGGAGCUGGAGAAAGUGUUUCAGAAGACUCACUACCCUGACGUUUACGCCCGGGAACAGCUGGCCCUUAGGACCGAACUGACAGAGGCCCGUGUACAGGUGUGGUUCCAGAACCGGCGGGCCAAGUGGAGGAAGAGGGAACGCUACGGGAAGAUCCAGGAGGUGCGAAACCACUUUGCUGCUACAUACAAUAUCUCCACCUACCAGAUGCAGAGCAACCUGUGGCCAGGAGCUGGUGCAGGAGGGGGCGGGGGGUCCGGCGGGGGCUGUGUCCUGAGCCCUGACAACAUGUCUUCCUCCUGUAUGAGCCCCUACCCCCAUCCCCACAGCAACCUCUCCUCCAUGGGCUUCAUGGGCAUGCCCCCGUCCUCCAGCCACCCCCACCACCCUCACCAUCACCCCCCACACCACCCUGGCAUAAAUAGCCUCUACUCCCUCCACAGCUUCCCUGGGGCCCUCGGGGGCCACUCCUUUGAGCCGGGGCCCGAGACAGAGUAUAAGCCAUCCAGCCUGUUGGCCCUGCGGAUGAAGGCUAAGGACCCUGGGAGUCUUCUAUCCUGGCCUACAUGAUCACCACAGUGUCAGGGUCAGAUCCCUACUAUGUACUGACUGAGCCAAUGUACACACACACAUUCAAACUCAAUCUUGUAUACUAGCUACCCCAUGGAUAGUUAUGGCCACAUGUGUUUGUGUUGCUGCAUGUUGAUAACAGCAGAAGUCAAAACUCUCUCCUGUGGUUCACUACAAUAUGCACACACACACACACACACACUGCUAUUCUUCUCCCAAUAACGUAAACCCACAGAUUUCAAAACAUGACAUGAUCAACCUUUGAGUUUGUUAGGUAUUUUGUGCCUGGGCAUUUCCAUGUAAAAGGACCAACAUAUGAAGUUAAUACGAACAGGUAAAAUUGGGUGUCAAAUGAAAACCAAGAUUGAAUAUUUUGUGGAAAUGAAUGCAUAUAUACCAUUUUUCAACCAUUUUCCAUCUUGAAUAUUUGUCAUAAGCAAAGGCUUUGAUUUCUGGAUAAACAGAAGGGGGUCUUAGAAAACAUCUACCAGUAAAAGUAUUAAAAGUUAUCAGAAAUACAUCAAAACACAAUAAUGUUGAUGACAAGACCCCUGCCAACUAAUAUCAACACUUACACUUAGUUUUGGAUAAAUGUACCAUCUGUAAGUAUAAUAAAUAUUUCCUUAUGCUUUGUAA